GCAGCCUUUAGUACGCACUUUAUAAAGUCUUAUCACAAAAUAUGCCAUAUUUAUGGCUUUUCUACGAGCAGCUCAGUGUAUUUUGCCAUAUGUGCCGGUGUAUUUGUUCACAAGAUUAUUUUGUCUUUUACAAUAAUCGUAACGCAGCUUUGCGUUGAUGUUUCAUUUACGGCGCCAAGUGCACCGUCAUCCAAACACUUUCAGCCCAAGCUAUAUGUCGUACAUGGUUAUGGUAGUGCUACGUACUUAACCAGGUACUGAAACAUCCAAGACAGUUACCUACGGUAAAUUGGUCGGCAAUUUUCUGGUGUAAUAAAACGACUGUCGAUCAGACGACAACUACCGUUAUCAUGAUGAUGAUGAACUGCCAAUGAGAACAUAGGCCUGGCGCAUGUUUUCGUCACAUACCGACGCACGGAGCAGCUGAUUAUAGUGCUGCAAUGGCACACCAAGCACUGCUGGCCGAAUAUCUGGAGAUGCCGCCGGUUACCAGGGCUUACACCACAGCCUGUGUUCUCACCACCUUGGCCGUGCAACUGGACCUGGUGUCGCCGUUCCAGCUGUACUUCAAUCCACGCCUGAUUUUGACACGAUAUCAGUUCUGGCGGCUCGUCACCACCUUCCUGUUCUUCGGUCCGGUCGGCUUCACCUUCCUCUUCAACCUGGUCUUCACCUACCGCUACUGCCGCGACCUGGAGGAUGGCUCGUUCCGGGGCCGCACGGCCGACUUCGUCGUGAUGUUCGCGUUCGGCGCUGUCAGCAUCGUCUGCUCCGCGCUCGCCGUGAACCUGCUCUUCCUCGGCCAGGCAUUCACCAUCAUGCUGGUAUACGUCUGGAGUCGCCGGAACCCCUUCAUUCACCUGAACUUUUUCGGCCUCUUGAGCUUCCAGGCACCGUACCUGCCCUGGGUGCUGCUGGCCUUCUCGCUGCUGCUCGGCAACAAGGUGGCCGUCGACAUGGUCGGCAUUGCCGUCGGCCACGGCUACUUUUUCCUGGAGGACGUGUUCCCCCAGCAGACGGGCGGUUUUCGUGCGCUGCGGGCGCCCCGCUGGCUUCGGGUCCUGCUGGAUAGCGACCCUGACGCUCCCGGCCAUGUGCCCGCGUACCGGGCGAACGCGCGAGCGCAGUGGGACCCGCCGCCCGGUGGCUAGCGGCGCCCGUGCGCGCUAGCCCGGUCCUAGUCCCAGGCCGGCGGUCCGUGCUGUGCGCGCUGCGUGUUGGCUGUGCUUGUUACGUCCGCUGCUGAUCACCCCCGUUCGAUGUUAUCCGUGCUGUGUGAUGUUUAUUCGUGCAGAGCCGAAUAUGCCAUUAUGUACA